AUGAUUUCUUGGAUUCUGAGAUUCAUAAAUAAUUGCAGAAAUGGAGAAAGGAAUUAUGACAAAACCCUGAGUGUUGAAGAAUUGGACAUUGCUGAGAAGAAAUUAUUGAAGAUCGUUCAACAAGAAGCAUUCACUAAUGAAGAACGGUUGAAGGGACAUUUUACUUUCACAGAUGAAGAAGGAAUUGUAAGAUUGAAAACGAAGAUUUUGAGAAGACACGACGAUGAAAACUUCCGGUGCCCCAUUGUACUUCCAUCCAAACAUGAAUUAGUAGAAAGAAUGAUACAAGACUACCAUUUACAACUUUUACAUGCUGGUACUCAAGUUCUUUUGACCAAUAUUCGUCAAAAAGUUUGCAUAAUAAAAGUAAGAAAAACAAUACAAAGAGUAAUAUAG